AUUGACAAGAUGGAGCUACUUCAUAAACAAACAAAAUCGCUGUUUAUUUUUUUUAUUGAGAAGCGUGGUAUGUAGUAUUUGAGAAAAUGCCUAAAAGCAAUAUUGAUCAAUUAACUUUUAUUGAUAUUGAUGAAAUAACGUAUAUUGAUACCGAUCAAGUGACUUUUAUUGAUAUUGAACAACUAAAUUUUAUUGAUCAAGUAAAUUCCACAUCUGAAAGAAUAAGAGCACCUAACACCAUUGUAGACCGUGAUGUGAAACGUGAGCAACAACGCCUAAGAAAUGCUUUGUCAAGGGACACAAAAACAUCAUCACAACGUCGAUCUCGACAUCUGAGAAAAAGAGUAAGUACUGCUUUGUCAAGGGAUGCAGAAACAACGUCACAACUUCGCGUACGGCGUUGGAGGAAGAGAGCAGCAGCUGCUGCUUUAUCAAGGGACAUAGAAACGUCAUCUCAUCGUCGAAUUCGACGUCGGAAGAAAAGAGUAGCAGCUGCUUUGUCAAGGGAUGCAGAAACGUCAUCCCAACGUCUAGCUCGACUUCAGAAAAAAAGAAUAGCGGCUGCUUUGUCGAGGGCUGUCGAAACAUCAUCCCAACGUCUAGCUCGACUUCAGAAAAAAAGAAUAGUGGCUGCUUUGUCGAGGGCUGCCGAAACGUCAUCGCAACGUCAAACUCGACUUCAGAAGAAAAGAAUAGCGGCUGCUCUGUCGAGGGCUGCCGAAACAUCGUCGCAACGUCAAGCUCGACUCGAGCAACAGCGACUAAGAAUGGCUUUGUCAAGGGCUGCUGAAACAUCUUUGCAACGUCAAGCUCGACUUGAGCGACAGCGAAUAAGAACUGCUUUGUCCAGGGCCGCCGAAACGUCGUCGCAACGUCGAGCUCGACUCGAGCAACAGCGAAGAAGAACUGCUCUGUCGAGGGCUGAUGAAACGUCGGCACAACACCAAACCUGACUCGAGAACAGAGGCUAAGAACUACCGUGUUGGGGCUGCAGAAAUGUAGUCGCAACAUCAAACUCGACUUGAGCAGCAGCACAGAAGAAUGACCGUGUUGAGAACUACAGAAACAUGAUUGUGAUGUCAAGCUCAACUUGAGCAAUAGUGACUAAGAACUGCUUUGUCAAGGUCAUGCUUGACUUCAUCAACAGCAAGUAGAUCUACUUUGUCAAGGGCUACAGAAACAGCAUCACAAUGUUUAGGGGAAGGCAGUGGGAUAAAUACAUUUCUCCCUUUUCCAUAUGUUACAUAUUAACAAGAAGCUCUGACCAACCUGACUGGGACCAAAAGCUGGACUGUUAACUACAUAGUUCCACAACAUGCUUGACAAGGAACUAUCUAGUAAUAUGUAAUUAACAUUUAAACUAGUAACAUCAUAAAAUCGCAUAAACUUUUUUGGUUAACAUUGUGCUUAAUGUUUUAAAUUUUAUAUUGUGUCAGUGAAAUAUAAAUUGUAACAAGUUUAAAUUACAGUAAUUCUUAAUUUAAAUAUAAUAUGAUCUCUUAAACUGUACUUGUGUUCCUUAAUUCAGAUGCACUAAUCACAUAAUACUUAAUUAGUGCUUACAUUUAUAGAUUCAGUUGAAAAAUUAGCUGAUUUAUGUUUGAAAUUUAUGACUUUUAUUCCUAAUGAACUAAAUAUAUCUACAUUAGUUUGAAUUUACAAUAUAAGAUGUUAAUUUUAACUAUGAUCAUCUAAAAAUUUUAAUAAGUUGUAACAGUAUAAAUCUUAGUUAAAAUGUAACAAUUCAACUUGGAACAACUAACUAAAGUCAUAAGUUAUAAAACAUUUUAUUUUUAUUUAUAACUCCUUAAAGUUUACAAAAAUCUUAUACAAUAUUGUUUGUUAGUUGAAAUAUCUGGCUUUAUUUAGGAAAAUAUAUUAAGAAACAGGACAAAAGACCACUCCUAAGGGGAUAGGAGCUAUUACGUGCUCUUAAGUUUCUCUUGGUCCAGGGAAUAUUCCCUAGCUCCCCUCUCAAUGGCCAUGGGCCUGGAAGAAGACCUCUUAUAUCUCUCUUGUUAUCAUCAAUGAGGAUCAUAAUGUGAAGAAAAGUGAAAAAUAGAAAGAAGGAUACAUGUAAGAUUUUCAUACUGAUCUUACAGUACUUGUAUAUAAUUUGAUGAUAUAUAAACAAGGCUUCAGUUGAAGUUUUAUUUGUAAGAAAGACAAAAGUACUUUCAAUACAUUUUCAAUUUUUUUGUUUAUAUAUCAUCAAAUUGUACAGUAGAGUCCUGUAAAUUCGACUUAACAUAAACUGAGAUGAUGAGUUACUGAAAAUAGCAAGUUUUGAGGCAUAGUGACAAUGCUGGUCUAAGUAGUGGAAUUUUCAUAAAGG